AUGUCUUCUCAGCAAGUCUACAUUGACCACCUCCUUCUUCAAUUCAGCCAAGAGCAGUUUGAUCCCCUCCCAUCAUGGAUCUUAGAUAACUUUACCGUGGUAGACGGCGGGGUCCAUACCGGUGGCCUGAGCCGAAACAAGCUUAUAGUCUUCAAGGACGGAACCUACCUUGAGCUAUAUAGUUGGAUUACAAAGCCCGACGACUGGAGAAACCGGCUGCCUGGGGAUUUCGCGUUGACAGCGUUAGACCCCAUCUCCGCCGAAGCCAGCAGGGAGCGAAUCGUCAAGGCACUGAAAAGCGAACCCGGGGACGGCAACAUUGGAGUGACCUAUCUCCCACCCCGGGAAGGAGGGCGCAAGAACGCCGAAGGUGUAGACAUCCAGUGGAAAAUUGUCAAAGCACGAUAUACCCAGGCAGAAUCCACCCCGCCAGACGAAUUCUACCCGAGAGGACGUACAGAUGCACCCUUCUUCUGCCAUGACCUCACCCCGCGCAAGCAUCGUGUCACGUUUGACCAACCCUCCGUAACGCAACAUCCGUCGGGGACUACAGGGAUAGACCGCAUUGAGGUCCUUGUGCCGAAGGACAGAUUCCGCGCUUACACGGAUCUCUACACCUCCAUUGUGGGAGCCUCCCCGCAGGAGACCGAGAGUAGGGCCGAAUUCAAGCUAUCUGCGCCGGGUGUCCAAAGCUUCUCUGGAUCUCUUCACAUCCGACCGGCGGCGACUGAAGCAGAUGAGCAGUUCUUGGGAGAAAAGGGCGUCGGCAUUAGUGCUCUGGUCUUGCGGUCGGAAACCGGUGCGCCAUUCAGCUUUCCCAUCGCCGACUACCUUCAAUGA